AAUUUACAAUAAAAACAUCAUUUGCAAAAACUCGUAAGACAUUUACUUGGCCUAUUGACAUUUCAGAUGUGUUGUUAGAUAACUUAAAGAAAGAAAUUAUUAGUGUUUUAUCACCUUUAGAAGAUACCAUGCUAGAAUAUAUGACUUUACAUUUCAGUAGAGAAAAUGAUGAAAGCCCUGAAACACUAGCAAUAACAGAUGAUCAUAGUCUUCGAGAGUACCUAAAAACAUGUGCUAAAUUAAAAUUCAUGAUCCUCAAAGUUCAAGUUUUUACAUCGCAAAAACCAUUUACAAAAUGGGAUUUAAAAAGUGUAGCUGAACUAUGGAAGUUACCUCCAAAUUUUGAAGAAUUUCCCAAGUUCAAUUGUCCAAUGCAUCAACUUGAUGGUAAUAAAGAAUUGUUAGAACACCUAUAUUAUGAAUUGAAGCUUCGUCAAUUAGUAGUAUAUGGAAACUUAGAAGCUGUCAGAAGUAAGUUUGUAGUACCAUUUCUAGUAACUGCAGCAUCAGUAUUUGAUGGUAAAGUAAAAAUGUAUCCAGAAUAUGAAAUAAGUGGGAAAUAUGGUCGUGGUCCAUUGGAUUUCUGUCUUUAUUUAGGAGAAAUAAUUAUUGGUGUUGUAGAGGUUAAGAAUGAAAAUUUCAAUCAAGGUGUUGCACAAUGUAGCAUGCAGCUUUACACAUCACUUGAAGAAAACAAAAAACGAAAAUAUAAUGAAACAGAAGAUCUGGAUAUCAAUAUAGCAUUUGGAAUAGUCACAGAUAGCCGUUUAUGGUAUUUUUUUGAAUGUAAUAUGCAAGACAAUUCACCAAAAUUUAAGAUACACUCAAAAGAAGGGACAGCAAUUGAUUGGGGUGAAGAAGGAGCGACGAAGAAAGGGGUAGAUAAAGUCUUAGGAUACAUUUUGGGGUUGUUAAAAAAUUCAGAAAGUUUGGUAAAUUCAAUUCGUUGA